AUGCAAAUCGAUUAUUCAAUCUCUUCUGGUAUUAAAUCGGAUGACAGCCGUUCUUUUUCCAAUAAAACAGAACAAGAUAUGGAAAAAAAACAUAUUCCAUGGAUAAUUCCAAUUGUUUUCUUUAUUCCACUAUCUGCCGAUUGGAAUUUAAUUAUUUCGAAAGCCGGUUUAUUGGUUAACUUUCUCAAGAUAGUCCCUUGGGCAAGCCAAUCUCUUUUCCAAUUAGUUUUUAUCAUUAUUGCAUUAUCAUUUAUUGCAGUUUGUACUUCUGUUACAUUGUAUAUUCUCAUUAUGCUGCCAACGAGAUUCCGGGAUUUAGAAAAGUCUAUAACCACUGUAUCAGUUGUCAUUUCUCUCGCUUUUUCGGCUGUUGAGAUUCUCUUCCAAUUUUUCUCUUUCAACUCAAAAGUCACAUCAGUGUUUCUAUUGACAAUGCUUGUUUACGACGUUUUGAAUGUUGGGUAG